AUGGAGUUGUUAAAAGAUUACGACUGCACUAUUCAAUACCAUCACGGUAAAUCUAAUGUUGUAGCAGAUGCCCUAAGCAAGAAAGAAACCACUUGUGUGGUCAGAAUGAUGGUGGCAGAAUGGAAGUUAGUUGAAGCUUUUAGCCUGAUGACGGUAGGAGUAGUUUCUCGAGGAAACUCAGCCUACGCAGCCAGCCUCACGCUGCAACCAGAAUUAGAGAAUCAGAUACGACAAGCCCACAUAGAAGACUCUCGAAUUAAAAUGUGGGUUGACGAGCAUGGGCGAGCAAAGAAACUGGAAUUUGAGGUAAGAGAAAACAUCCUUCGGUUUCAAGGAAGAAUAUAUGUACCCCAUGUGAGGGAAUUACGACAAGCAAUUUUGGGAGAAGUCCACCGAUCCAGAUACUCGAUAUACCCUGGUGCCACCAAGAUGUACCAAGACUUGAAGGCUGUAUAUUGA